AUGAGGUUCUCAAUCACUCUUCUUCUUGCUGCAGCAGCGGCAGUCGUCGCCCAAGACACCGUCUCUGCUCCCGCUAGUGACUGCGAACCCCACGGUGACCACUGGCACUGCGCCGACGGCGUCCCAGAACCCACUACUCCUCCCACCCCCGAGCAGCUCGCCAGCUUCUCUGCUGCCGAAGCCGCCGAGGACUCCACUCCCGCGUCUGCAAUCGCCUCCAGGACUUCUUCAGGAACUCUUCUCGUCACUCCUUCUUCAACUCACUCCCACGACGACGAUGACCACGACGACGACGACGACGAUCACGUGGCAACCGCCAGCACAUGUGAGCCCCACGGCGACCACUGGCACUGCCCUUCUGGCGUCGCAGAGCCAACCGCUCCCCCUGCUCAGACCGUCUCUGGCACCACGACCAUUUCUCGUGCCCCUUCUGUCGCCCCCUCUGUCGCCUCAUCUGCCAGCCAGGCUCCCCAACAGACUGGUAAUGCUGCCGCGCAAAUCGGUGCUGGUCAGGUUGUUGCUCUCAUUGGUGCUGCCGCUUACUUCUUGUAA